UUAGCAUUACAGCAUUGAUUUUCGCCUGCAUAAAAAGAAAAAUAUUGCCUAUAAAGAUGUUCCAAAAUAGUGCUGCUAAACUUUUGGUGCCCGCAAUGCGCGGUGCACUGCAAAGGAGAUGCCAAUCCGUGGUUUCUGGUCCUCCAACCCAGCACGUUUCCACAGCCGAGAAAGUGAUUCUUGGUGGUGGCAUGUGCGCUGCAUCCCUGUUCAUUCCGGCCUGGGUUUUGUACCACAUCCGUGACUACAAGGGUGGCAAGUAAAUUGGAGUGACGAAUUGCGUUGAAGUUGUAGUAUAAAAUGUUGCUUAUCUAUGUGAAAUCCAAGUAGCAUUAAAAUAUUAAAUUUAGCUACAAAAUC